UUUGUCUGAAACAGUUCCACCAAUGCUGUCGUAUGAGAGUAUGACUGAGAGGCAGCGCCAGUUGUAUGACAGGGUCAAUAACACAAGGAAUCUAAAUCUAUCGCGGUGCCAGAGCCAAAUUGGCGAUGCUGAAGCGCAGGCGAUUGCUGAGGCACUCAAAGUGAACUCAACCGUGACGACGGUUGUGCUGUGGUACAAUCAGAUUGGCGAUGCUGGAGCUCAGGCGUUUGCUGAAGCACUCAAAGUGAACACGACGAUGGAGAGGCUCUACUUGGGCGGGAAUCUGAUUGGUGAUGCUGGCGCUCAAGCAAUUGCCGAGGCACUCAAAGUUAACACGACGCUGCCGAUGCUCUAUCUGAGUGAUAACCAGAUUCAAGAUGCCGGAGCGCAGGCAAUCGCAGAAGCGCUCAAAGUGAACACGACAGUGACUGUGCUUGGUUUGGACCGGAAUCUGAUUGCCGACGCUGGAGCGCACGCGAUGGCUGAGGCACUCAAAGUGAAGAAAACGUGGACUGAGCUCGAUCUAUCAGGGAAUUGCAUUGGCAAAGUUGGCGUUCAAGCGCUUGAGGAGAUUUGCAAGACCAACUGCGAUCCUGCCGUUGACUUCCGCUGCCAGAUAAACCCUCUUGCAUUUGGCUACCUUCCACGCUGCGCAAGUGCCGAAGAGCUUCAGACUGUGUUUCACUUGCUGAGUAGCGGGCCGGACCUGCAGGAUCAAUCUGCAUCGCUACCAGUGCUACCAGCAGAGAUUGCGGAGCGCAUUAUGGACGAAGCGCAUUACUGGCAAGGCGUGAAGUACACCAAGCGAGAUUGGCUUCGUGACUGCACCAACGAGCAUUUCAAGGUCACACUGCCUCAAGGCAUCGACGGACCGUCAAUCCGCGUGAAGGCCAUUCGGGUGCUUCUUGAUAGGUGGGAAGAUUCCAAGGCCGCAGCGAGCUGCGUGUUUGAUUUGAUUGUUCAAGAUGAGCAAGGUGUUGUUCGAUCCGAGUUGUCUGUGACACCAAAUUGCGUCGAUUCGACCGUUGAGCUUGGGACACUUUUGCCAGCCAGUCAUCCGAUCAUCCGACAGAUGCGCGGGGGUUGGCAGGUGAGAGCUCAACAAGACAAGUUUACCGAUUCCGUGCGAUCCUCCUGGCUUUAUGUCGGCUACAUCUGA